AUGGCCACGGACGCGUCCGGACCCUCCCCGCCGACCCCACUGCUCCGCCUGCGCGGCCUGCGCACGGCGCAGCUCCCGGCCGCCGGGACGCAGGGCGCGGAGCUCGCGCCGCUCCUGGCGGCGGCGGUGCGCGAGGCGGCGCCCUUCAUCGACUCGGCGGCGCCGAAGCGCGGCGCGCGCGGCCCCGAGACGAGGGCGCUCUGGCGGAAGAAGCCGGGCGCCGGCGGGGCGCGGGGCGCGGAGCACCGGUUCCUGCGCUUCCACCCGGACUCGGCGGCGGGCGUGGAGGUGUCGGUGCGGGCGGUCGGGGCGGCGGAGCUAGGAGGAGGAGGAGGAGGAGAAGGCGGGGCGCACGAGACGUGGGUGUGCCGGCGCAGCGUGCACGAGGACGCGGCGCGGCCGGGGACGGCGAGCUGGGGCGAGUUCGCGCGCGGGCUGCGCGACGAGCACGCGGCGAGCGAGCGGGCCUUCACGCCGGCGUGCGUGGGCGCGCGGCGCGCGCUGGCGUGGGACUGCGCGGGGGUGCGGGUCGCGGAGACGGGGCCGACGACGACGACGACGACGACGACGACGUGGGGGCGCUUCACGCUCGAGCUCCUCGAGAUGCGGCACCGCGUGGGCCGCCCCGUGCUGCGCGACCGCACGUUCCCCGUCCUGCAGAUGACGUGCGUCGCGCUGGCGGGGGGCGGCGAGGAGGCCGAGGCGCGCGGCGACGACGAGUUCCUCGUCGUGAGCAUCCCCGUGCCCGACUUCGGCGCCGCGUCGCCCGCGAGCGAGCUGGCGCGCGAGCGCGGCGCCCAGGUCGCGCGGUACGUGAGUGUCGAGAGGGUGCGCAGGAUCCGCGGCGGAGCGGGAGGAGAGGGGGCAGAGGGGGCAGGGGGAGGGGCCCGGAUCGAGUGGCUGAUGGCGACGGCGGGCGAUGCCGGCGGCGUCCUGCCCGCCUGGCUGCAGAGCAUGGCGACGCCGGCGGUGAUCUGGAAGGACGUCCCGCUGUUUCUGGCGUGGGUGCGGCGGGAGAGGGAGAAGAAGGAGGACGGAGCCCAGGGAGAGGAGGAGGGGGGGAGAGAGGUCAGGGGACAGGAGGGUGUCGGCGCGGCGUAA